AUGCAAACGGAAAAAGCAGGAAUAUUACCAACACAUUGCGAACAGUUUGCUAAAGAGAUACGUGGGGAUACGUUUAGAACGACAACAGUUGUUCCAGCUGAUGAAUUCAAGACACAUUUCCAGAAAUUACUUACAGUCACACUUGAUAGUGCUUCAUUCAACUCUGAACUUGUUGCAAUUCAAGUACCACAGUUGGAUUGUCCAAUUGAGUUAGAUGAAGUUUAUUCUGCGAUAUCAUUGUCUAAAAAUUUAAAAACUCCAGCUGCAUUUGAUAACGUCGACAGAAAUGCCUUGUUUCACAAGCUUUCAGCACUGGGAAUCUCAACGAAAAUGGUUGAUGUAAUAAAAACGCUCUACUGUGAUACUGCUGCUGCUGUUUGGGAUGGUAUAGGAUCCACUGAGUUCUUUUCUACUAACAAAGGUGUAAGGCAGGGUUGUGUCUUAAGUGCGCUCUUGUUUGUUCUAUUUUUAAAUGAUUUACACGCCUAUCUUCCUGUUGGACUGUUAAUAGAAGGACAAACGCUGAAUAUUCUACUUUAUGCCGAUGAUAUUGUGCUUUUAUCUGAUAAUCCAGACAAACUAAAACAACUCAUCAAUAGCUUUAUAGCAUAUUGCAACAACUGGAAUCUUAAAGUUAACCUUGCUAAAUCUGAAAUAGUUAUUUUUCGAAAUGGUGGACGUAGAGCUGCUAGUGAAAAAUGGUUUUUCAAUGACACCGAAAUAACAGUUGCGAAUCACUACAAAUAUCUCGGUGUUGUUUUUAAUUAUAACAUGUCCUGGGAUGAACAUUUGAAUAAUAGGCUUUCAUCAUCAAAAAACUCAAUUAAUUCUACAUGGUCAAAACCUCUGCGUAAUAAAUAUGUCCAACACUCAACAAAGUUCAAAAUUUACGAUGCUGCAUCUAGAUCUAUUAUGUUGUACUGUGGUCAAGUAUGGGGAUACCGUGAACGUAGUCAACUCGAAAAAUUACAACGGUUUUUUAUAAAACGAUGUUUUCUUCUACCGGAUAACACGCCGAACUAUGCUCUUCACAUCGAAACUGGUCUGCCUAAGGCUUUUCUCACAACUUUAAAACUGCACUUUUCUUAUAUACGAAAAACCAUAUCUCUGUCUAAUGAUAGGCUUCCUAGAAUUUUAUCUGAAGCUGUGAUAAGAAAGAGCAUCUUCUGGGCGAAAGAAUGGUUAGACCUCUUUCACGAAACUUGGAAUGGAUUGCAUAGUAUUUUACUAUGUAAGCUGAAUGAGAAACAUUGGAGUGAGGCUACUACCAAAGCCAAUUUAUCCCAAUUCCAUGACGAGUACUGUAAUUUUUUGUACACUGGAGUACCAAACUAUUUCGAUGAUACAAACCCUCGGGAUAUGAUCAGUCUCAUCUUCAAGGCUCGCUGUGGACUUCUAAGUAUCAAUGAAAGGGCUUUCCAUGGAGACACCAAUGGGAUAUGCACACUUUGUAACCUCGAUGCAUCUGAAAAUACUUUUCAUUUCAUUGGAAUAUGCCCUAUUUUCAAAGGAUACAGACUUAAAUUUCUUGGUAACUACGUGCUUUCACACUCUCAACUAUUAAACAUCCUAAAUGGAAAUUGCUAUGAUAAUCUUUAUCUCUAUUUAAAAGCUGCACUUAAAUACCGCUACCUCAUUUUAAAUGAAUUUUCUUAA